AUGAACGAAACAUCAUACGGUCAAUGUCGAUGCUGCCUUGUUUCUGGUUAUCAUAAAAGUAUGACGGAGGAACAUGAAGAGCAAAGAGAUACCUAUAUAGAUAUGUUUUUAGAAUGCUUUAAUUUAUUUUUAUCAACGAACAGUGAAUUGACUUGCCUCAUAUGUAAAUCUUGCCUUGAAGAACUCCAUCGGGCGAAUAAAUUUAAGGCUAUGGUUAUUCAGAACGAACAGAAAUUACUAGCAAUGAGUUCAAAUAAUGAUGUGAUGUAUAUUAACUUACCCAGGCCGAUAGAAACGGACGUAGACUUCAAACUAGAAUCCAUUAAGUUGGAACCUCUCAGUGACAAUGAACAUAUGGAGCUUGAUAAUGACUCGGACUACAUUAACUCUGAUGGAAAUGAUAAGGACGAUACCACAAUUGAUCAUAUAGACGGAGAGGCGGAGUUAUUGGCUCGCUUUCCUGUUAUAACUAAAUUACCUAUUCGGGACGCGCUGUAUACUAAUGCAUGCUCUGGAUAUGUUAAACAUUUGGAUUUGCUUAAAGGUAAACUUAUUUCUUCAAAAAUGAUAUCUAAUAUCAUAGAGGAGGCUGAGCGUGAAAAUGGCGGAAAGAGAAUUUACAUAACAGAAAAGACUGCACAAAUCCUAAACACAUCCUUAAUUUUAGAAAAUUCAAAUGUCACACCAUUUAAAAGCCGGAAUCGAUCCGGUUUUCCUUGCUUUUACUGCAGGAGUAUCUUUGAAGAUUUGCCAAAUUUAAAAAGUCAUCAAGAUAAACUACACUCCAAAGCGGACAUAAAACGAUCUUUAAAUGCAUACGGUGCUGAAUGUUUGGUCGUUUACGUCGAUAUAACUGAUUUAAAGUGUAAAUUAUGUGAUAAAGGAAUGCCUAACUUGAACGAAUUAAAAACACAUUUAACGAGAAUACACAAAAAGCACUUCUACUCGGACUACACAGAUCGGGUGAUACCCUUUCGUCUGGUCCAUCGCGAAAAUAAGUUCGAGUGUCAGAUGUGUGGUUUUACAUUCGAAACUUUUGGUUCAAUUGAACGCCAUAUGAAUGUUCACUUUAGGAAUUAUGUGUGCAAAGAGUGUGGGACGGGUUUUGUGACAAAAUAUCGUUUGAAAGUGCAUACAAAAAGUAUGCACGUUGGCGGGAGUUACCCUUGUGAGAUUUGCAAGAAAGUCUUCACAACGCAGCAAAAGCAUAAAAACCAUGUCGAUGCAGUGCAUAAAUUAGUGAAACGGUUUAAAUGUCCGCACUGUCCGGAGCGUUUUUCUGAAUAUUUCAAAAGGCAGAAACACAUCGUCGAAAUCCACAACGGUCCUCCUUUGCAAUACAAAUGCAAUGUGUGCGAUAAAUCAUUCGAUAGACGAUAUACUUUAUCCAGACAUAUGAAAAGAGAUCAUUUGGAGGAAAGGGAUUUUCAAUGUCAAUUAUGUGCGUACAAGUGUUUUACAAAGAAUGAGUUGAGGGUUCAUAUGGUUAAACACAAUGGGGAAAGGAUUUUUGAGUGUUCCGUCUGUCAUAAGUCAUAUGCAAGGAAGAAAACUUUAAGAGAACACAUGAGGAUACAUAAUAAUGAUAGGAGAUUCCCAUGUGCGGUUUGCGGGCAAGCGUUUGUGCAGAAGUGUAGUUUGAAGGGACAUAUUAAAACACAUCACGUAGAUUAUAAUUUACCAAUAUAA